UGGGGAGGAGGCAAACCUACCACUUCCCUGGCAUUGCUGUCUUUCUUUCUUGUCCAGACAAAAUCAUUCAAACACUCUUUAUUGUCACUUUUGAAAAGAAGAUUGGUCUGUAUGUUGGCAAAUGCGGGUUGAAGGAGAAUUCCAAACACAGGCACAUGGUGGGGCUCUUUUACAGUUGAGAAGCUGGGCAGAGGUUAAAGAGCAGAAGGGGCCAUCUGAAGUCUCUGUGUUCUUUUCUUUUUCUCCUGAAGUAGAGCCGGAAGGUAACAAGUUUAAACCAGGAGCCGUCUUUUUCUUUUCACAAUAAAUCAGGAACACAAUGGAUCCAAAUGAAAGCCAUCACUCUGGACCAUGUACAAAAAGCCAACAUGCCAGUGGAUCAGAGCUGAGAAUCAUUCUCGUGGGCAAAACAGGAACUGGCAAAAGUGCUACAGGAAACAGCAUCCUUGGGAAGCAAGCAUUUGAAUCCAAGCUGGGUGCUCAGACCUUGACUAAGACUUGCAGCAAAGGUCAGGGAAGCUGGGGUGAGAGAGAGAUGGUCAUUAUUGACACACCAGGUGUGUUUUCUGAGAAGGACCAGUGUGAAGAACUGUACCAAGAGGUGCAGAGGUGCUACUCACUCUCUGCACCAGGACCCCAUGUGCUGCUGCUGGUGAUCCAGCUGGGCCGGUACACCACCCAGGACCAGCAGGCUGUCCAGAGAAUGCAGGAGAUCUUUGGAGAGGAUGCCCUGAGACACACAAUCAUCCUCUUUACCCACAAGGAAGACCUUGAUGGUGGCUCCUUGGUGGACUAUAUCCAUGACUUGGACAACAAAGCCCUCAGCAAGCUGGUGGCAGCAGGUGGGGGUCGUGUCUGCGCUUUUAAUAACCGAGCUGAGGGCAGUGAUCGGGAUGACCAAGUGAAGGAGCUGAUGGACUUAAUUGAGGGCUUGAUGAGGGAGAGGAGGGGCGGCCACUUCACCAAUGGACUGUACAGCCUCGUGCAAGAGCCAAACUAUGGAUCUGUCAGGUCGGAGGAAAGAUUAAAGAACUUCAGAGGGAAUCUGGUAAAGCACAUGGAAAUUCAAAGACGUCGCACAACCACAGCCAAAGCAAAUUGCCUACAAAGAGGCCUAAUCAAAACACAACUGUGUGUUUUAUUUUGUAUUCAACUGUGUGUCAAAUUGCUGGUUCUGUUGUUCUGUGUGUUGUGCAGCAUGUGCAAGUUGUUUCACUCCUUACUCUCUGGCAUGUGCCAUUUAUUUUGUAGCUUUUUAUGCAUUAUACUCAAAGAGGUCAUAAUAAUUUUGAGAUGGACCAUUGUUCCACAACGCAAGCCUUCUGGGUUGUAGUUACAGUCAGUGAUUAUUAGUAUUUACUCACUGUCCUUUGGUGGGUGGAUCACAGUGCCUUCCCUGUAGAAUGUGGUGCCUCGUGUCAUAACUAAGAUUCUGUGAAAUGUUUAAAUCUUAACAAUUACACCGCUUAUUAAGGAACCAAAUUAUUUAAAAGCUACUAUUUGAUUCGAAUUACAGUACUAAAAUUUUUUGAAAAUGGUAAAUAUAAAAUUCCUCUCUUUUGCAAAUCUCUAACAAUUUUUAUGCUCCUGAAAACACCUUUUCUUCUUCAUAAUACUAAUAACAUGUAUUAAUAUGAAUAUAAU